AUGUCAGAUGACCACCUGCGAACGCUACGGCGUUUGAUGAAGCGGUACAACAUUCGGUUUCUGCGACUAGACGAGGGGUUGCCUGAACUUCAUGCGGAAACGUUCAAUAACAUCAAGAAAUUAGGGAGUUAUCAGUUUGAUGUCUAUUCGGCUGGUGUAAAUAUUUGGUCAUCCAAAGAACCCUGGAAGCAGCAGAUCAAAGCCCGUGCCGAGUGGCUUUGCCAGCGCGCUGAGCGUUUAUUUGGCCAGGAGCGCAACGAAGCCGGCUGGCGGUUUGGGCUGGAAAAUCAUGUCCUAGGGAGAUUUUUAGCUGAAGUUGCUUGUCCACGAUGCCGGGCGAGAAUCUGGCAGUCUGAGAUACAGGCUACAUUGAGCAACAAUCAAAUCGAGCAUGCACGAGAACUUGAGCAACGCAGAAAACGGAGAAAGCCCUGUCAAUGUCCUCCCAACGAACGAAUUAAAGACUUCUACGAAAUUGGAACGAAUCCCCUCUUCGAUGACCGAGCCCAGGAAUUUGUUGUCUAUGAUGAGCUUCUCAGAUCGCAGCUCCCCAAACAAGGUCCUGAUCGCGUCCUGGGCUUACAAAACACCAGGAAUCUGGAUAAUUUGUUACUGAGUCCCGUUCGACCAGAUCUUGCCAAGCAGCGAGACGAUACUGUCUCAGAUAUUCUUAAGACUACACCCUUCAAAAGCCAAGCUGAUCCGCUACUCUUCCCCUUUUUGCUCUUAGAAGCAAAGUCCGAAACGAGUUCCAGUGGAUUUGAUGCCAUCCAGGUGCAGUCAGCGUUCCCGAUUUACGCACUUUUGAAGCUUCAAGAAGAAUUGCGGUCUUACGUGGACUGGUCAUCAGGAGAAGAACGCUUUGAACCUUUGGUAUGGUUUCUGGCCUCUCGCGGGGAUCAAUGGAAAGUGUACGGGGCACAUCUUGAAAACGGAGCCGAUGGGGGUCCUACAAGAUAUGGUAUAACGCUACUCUGGUCGGGGUCGCUCUUGCACAAAGACAACGCGUUGCAACUCUUGCUUAUUGUUGACUACAUAAUGGACUGGGCAAGGGAUAUCUACCGUAUAGCCAUUCUGAAACAGCUACAAUCCUUGGUCACCGGCCAAGCAUUUGAUCAAAUCAGCAUCGUUGACAGUGAGAUUAUCUCGAUGCGCAGGGAUCCAACUAGUUGGAUCCCUGCCCCACCCAGCACGGUGUUCGACGACAUGGAGGAUCUAAGUGAUGCUGUGGACGAAGAUGUGCCUCCACUGAUGUCACUCGAUCACCAGGCACUGCUCGAUUUCCGGAUCCCAAAUUCAAAGCUCGGCACCGUCCGCUCUGCCUCUCUAAUAGACUUUCGGUUCGACUGCUUUUAUCUGACAGAACGACUUAUUCCGAGCUUUCUACAGGUUAUUGGAGGGCGGCGGCACAAUCCACGUAACACGGAAAAAGCCGCGAGACACAUUAUUAAUUUUGUCUCACAGUUUGAUGAGGUUCUUGUGAUGUCAGGGGCAGACCUUGAGCAUCUCGAAAAACUUUGGACCAGUACUGAUCGUUCAGAUCCGGAAGCACUGGAAGAAGACUUUUACGUUAUCAUGGAAUGUAGCUGGUAUUUCACACACACUUGGCAGAUAACAAGGCAACUUUCAUGCUUUGCUAUUUCUAAAGCAGCCUUCGAUAUCAUGAAGACUUACGCACGGUUUUCUGUACUUCGCAAGAGCAUCGAGAAUCUACAUCAACGCGAACGGCGUUGUUCUCAAAAGGUUCUCCGGCAGUGUGUUGAGUGUCUUCGAGCAGGCUCCCCCUGGCAAGUACUGUUAGCCGCAAUUUCGAGCACCCUGGUUACUAUUUAUCCCCUACCUGUCCGACGCAGGGAAGAUUUUGCACCACCUGUUGAUGUCCUCGGCUUUGGUUACGCUCGCGAAGAUCGAGUGAGGACAUUUAUCUUGAAAUAUCUCAAGCGAAAUUUAUGGAAACCAAAAAGAUACACCACUGUUUCAAAUGAGGAACUGAAAGCCGCUCUGCGUGAAGGACACACUGUGGAAGAGGUCUUCGCUGCGAGGCGUGAAAAGCCACCGAAACACACAGAUCAGUCCUGGAAGCGUAUAUCAGAACAGCGAACGCACAUACUUGAGGAAGAAUGUCACAAUUCUGAUCUUUGUGAACGAUGCCGCCGGGGAUUCGAGGCCACUAUCUCCCCCUUCGCUCACGGAUAUUUGGACACACGCAACCAACCAUUGUUAUCCGGCUAUGGAACAGUCUUAAUAGUGUCAUUACGAGAUCCAGCACGGUCAUAUGUGCCCGACGCAUGUGUUUUUGCGCUUAGGCCACUCCGUGAUCUGAAAGACAAUAUGGCUCUGUCAAUUAUGAUUGAGGAUCUAAUGCAGGGUGCUCUUGUCUAUCAUACAAUGAAGUGCGGUGUCAGCGACAUUAUAUCAGGCGAUGGCAUGAAGCGUAAUUUACCUUUGCCAUUCCGCCCCACGAUGCUCGAUGAGGAAGUCUCUCUAUUGAACUGGAUCCGGGAACUGCGUGACGAGCCACUACUAGACAAGCAAGACCACCCCGGCUACGAAGCCUGGCUUAAGGAGCGAUAUAGCCCUCACCUGUUUAUGUACUAUCUCAGCAUUGGUCAUCUCGAGCACGAAGCAUUGAUGCUCGCUAAAAAGGAACAGGACUUUCACCGUGCGGUUUUCCGGAUUAGAGAGGACAAUGGUAAGGAAAACUUUGCCGAUUUUUAUGCUCACAGGAAAGUGAAACUUUGUGGAAAAGACCUUAACACGCGAUUUACCACAUGGGAUGUUGGAAAGGACUUUUUGAGGCAAGAAUACCCAAGGCAGUUUCAGUACGUCUCGUCGUUGAAUAUGCCUCAGACAUCAGCUGCAAGAGGAGAGUCGAAGUGA